AUGAGUGACAAGCAAAAGAAUGAAAUAAACGAUGAAGAAGAUGAAGACGAUUAUAUUGGGCCACCUAUACCCAAUGAAUUAAAAGAAUUGGAAAAAAGUACACAAAAUAUUUCUACAGAUGAUCAUGAUAAGGGAAAUAAAGAAUUUGAAAAGGUGACUCGUUCAAAAGACAAUACUGAUGACGACAAUGACAGCAGCGAUGAUGACGAUGAUGAUGAUGAUGAUGAUUCGAAACAAAUUAAAAUUCCUAUAGAAAGUCAAGUGUCUUUAAAUCAUGGUAUCAAAGCAGUCUCUGCACUUUGUAUAGAUCCUCCAGGAGUCAGGUUGGCUAGUGGAUCCGUUGACUAUGACGUAAGGCUUUGGGAUUUUGCUGGUAUGGACCAAACACUACAGAGUUUCCGAACUCUAACUCCUUGUGGCAACCAUCCAAUCAAGUUUUUAAAAUACUCACCUACUGGAGACCGCCUUUUAGUAAUUUCUGGCAUGUCUCAAGCUAAAGUAUUAGAUAGAGAUGGUCAUGAAUUAUGGGAAUGUGUCAAAGGGGACCAGUACAUUUCAGACAUGGUGCGUACCAAAGGCCAUACAUCUCCAUUGACUUGUGGUACAUGGCAUCCGAGACAAAAAGAAGAAUUUUUGACCAGUUCAGAAGAUGGAUCUUGUCGUAUAUGGGAUAUGACCAAAAAAGAUAAACAUAAGAGCAUAAUUAAAUGUAGAUCCAAAAAUGGUUUGAGAACAAUACCUACUACUUGCAACUAUAGUAAUGACGGCAAAUUAGUUGCUUGCGCGUGUAGGGAUGGAUCAAUUCUUGUUUGGGAUACCAGAAAACCAAGUUUUGUGAACGCUACGUUUACAAUUCGAGAUGCUCAUUUAAAUAAUUCAGAUACCUCUUCUAUUGUGUUUUCUUAUAGAGACACAUUAAUAUGUACACGUGGAGAAGGUAUUGAUGAAACAAUGAAACUCUGGGACAUAAGGGCCUUUAAGAAGCCUAUACAUGUAGUGGAUGGGCUGUAUUCUAGGUAUUCUACGACUGACUGCUGUUUUAGCCCAGAUGAUUCAAUAGUAGUGACUGGUCACUCGGUACGUCCCAAAGAACAAGGAGGACAUUUAAUGUUUUAUAAUACGAAUACGUUUGAACUUCUUGAAAAAGUGAAAGUUUCUGAAACACAUUCCAUAAAGGUGUAUUGGCACCCUAAGCUUAAACAGUUAUUCGCAGGUUGUGGUGACGGAACUGUGAAAGUGUUCUACGACAAAGUAAAUAGCCAAAGAGGUGCAAUGCUAUGCGCUUCGAAAGCCCAUACUAAAACCAAACAAAUGGAAAUGGUACCGACACAACAAAUCAUAACACCUCACGCACUACCUAUGUUUAGACAAGACAGAAAUAAAUCAUUGAAAAAACGAAAUGAAAAAGAUAGAUUGGAUCCAGUUAAAUCAAAGAGGCCAGAUUUACCAAUCAAGUCUGGCCAAGGUGGUCGUGUUGCUGCAUCAGGUAGCACCCUUAGCUCAUAUGUUAUUCGUAAUUUGGGAUUAAGCAAACGAGUAGAAGAUGAUCAAGAUCCACGAGAGGCAAUUUUGAAGUAUGCUCAAGAUGCAGCUGAUAAUCCAUAUUGGAUUACCCCUGCGUAUGCUAAAACACAGCCAAAAGCUGUCCUAAAAGAAUCAGAAGAUGAACCACAAGAAAAGAAAAUUAAAUUUGCUAUCGGACAACCCAAAGAGUAA